GUUUCUUUACAGGGAAAAUGCAUAGUUGCCCAUUGUGUCAACGCUAUUUCAGUGCCCUUAACAAGCACCUGAAGAACAUGCACCUGAUCCAUAAUGCGGAAGAGAGGCGGCUGCUGCUCAAUAUGGCAUCUGGAAGGGUGAACAUCAGAGCUGCACCCUGCCCUGUUCCAGGGUGCCAGAACCAGCUCUCCCGGCUGGACAGGCACAUUAACCAGUCUCAUGCCGAGCUCACCAUUGCUGAAAGGGCGGCAAAAAUGAAUCAGGCCAAGAGAAUCCGCACAAUGGAACUCUUGGCCGAGCUCAGGGCUACAGAUUCGACCCCCGCGAUGCAGUCUAUGUUGGACGUCAACCCGAGUCCCCUGGAGGAGGAAAUAGAUGUUGCUCCACCGUCCCCCGUGGCAGAUUGCGGCUCGGCCGAGUGCAGGCGCAUUCGGCUCGGGUACGAGCGGGAGCUGGAAGGAGUAAAGGCAGAGAGGGACGAGUUCUGCGCCGAGGUCCGACUUCUCCGCACAAAGCUGCAAAAGCAGCUGCGCAGCAUGAAGAGUGGCCGCACCACUGCAGUUGAGAGCCAGGAGGACGAACGCGUGACGGAGGGAGGCCGGUCCUCGGCCGCGUCGGAGAAGGCGGGCCGGUCCUCGGCCGCGUCGGAGAAGGCGGGCCCGUCCUCGGCCGCGUCGGAGGAGGAGGCGGGCUCGUCCUCCUUCAGCCCGUGGAGUUCCGGCAGCGGCAGGGGGAACCUCAUGAGGCAAAUAAGCCUCCCACCGUCGAUGGAGGACUACCUUAGGACGUACAGGGCCCACCACGAGGGCCUAGACCCGACCCCCAAAAUGACCGAAAAUGCCAUAUCCAAGGUCAGCAGGGUGAAACUUUCAUCUUGUAUAUGGCCAACAACCGCAGCCGGUUGUCCGACUGGCUUUUUCUGGAUAACAUGUCCAGGAUCCGCGGCUGGUCCCGAAGUGUGGUGGAGGGCGGGAUGAAAAUUACCACAGCAAAAUUCUAUUUGCAGAACGCCCUGCACUUCGUUCGAUUUAUGACCGGGAUCCCGCCCAAGACCUGCCGCCUCACUCGGGUGCAGUUCACCUCCGUGGAGAGGGAAUUGAAGACGGGGGUGAGGUCGCUGCAGCGGAGGGUGGUUGUCCACCAGAUGUCAACAAAAAGGAUCAAAAUUAGCAAGCUGCCGUCCCGCCAGGCCCUGAGGGGUUGACUCUCCGCUGCUGCUGCCGCCAUCCCACAGCUGCUGGGCAAACUCGAGGUGGAAUUUGAAAACACCAGCCGUUUCCUCUACUACGGCUACCAGUGUGCCUACUGGAGCUGCCUGUUCGGGCACAGGCCGGGGGUCUAUGCUAAUAUGACAGACAACGAGGUGGAGGAGGCAAAGACCCUCGGCCAGGAUCGGGGCUACCUGCUCCACAUUAAAGAACACAAGACGAACAGGACAUUUGGGGAGGCCCAAAUGUUCCUGAACCCCACAGAGUUCACCUGGCUAGAGAGAUGGAUGGCAAUAAAACGAAGCCUCCCCGAUGCCAACAAAUUUGUACUAUAUACAAAGGGCAAGGGGCCAUCCAAAAACUUAAAUACCAACUUGCAGUCGGCCUGGAAGGACAUGGGGUUAGGGGGGGUGAUUAAUUUCACCCUCAUAAGGACGGCCGUGGCAACUUAUGUAAGUUGACAUUAAAUUCAAGACGAGUAGUGUGGAGGCCG